CUGGUUUGAUAUUUCGUAAGUCUAACGUAACCGUUGCGGGGCGGUGAAAAUAUUUCCUCUACCCAUUACAAUUUAAAUAGCUAACACGCUCUGAUAAAUUCAAAUUGAUUAUAUUUCGCAGUCCAGUUUUUAUCGUAAACAAAAUGGCGUUUCAGGAGUUCGUGUACUCCCUUCUCAGUGUUAUACUGCUGGGAUUUUUUCAAGGUUGUGACGGCGCUUACAGAUCGUACAGGUCGUACUCGUACUCGUACAGAUCGUACACUUAUUAUUACGGAUAUUACGACUAUGUCUACUUAUCAGGCGGAGUUAUUGCUGGGAUCGUCUGCGGCGUCAUCUUUUUCGUCGUCUUCAUAAUAGUGACAGUCAUCUGCUGCUGUCGCGCCGCGACACAGAGGAGAAGAAUGCCGGGGAUUGUUUACAGCAACGGAAUGAAUCAACAGACGGUCAUAACAACAGCAAAUACUACCCCUGGUAUGUACCCCACUCAGCCAUACCCAGCGGCUGGACAGAAUAACAUGGGGUUCCAGUACGGGGUUCCAGGACAGCAGUUUGGGGCUCCAGGACAUCAAUAUGGGGCUCCAGGGCAGCAAUUUGGGGCCCCUGACCAGCAAGUGACAAAUCCACAGUAUGCAAACCCAGCGCCAUCCUAUGAAUCCGUCACACAAGAGAAAAACGCUUCCGUACCGCCUUAUUCAACAUAAGGACAAUCUUGUUCAUGCAGUAAUUGUUCUAUAUGUAUAAGGUUUAUACGAAAAUUAGAGAAGCAACCCAUGUAUUCAAUUUAAAAAAUGUAAAGAUAUUCUGUAAUUUUUAGAAAUAUUUUAUUUUAUACUCAUACUGUUCGUAUGAUAGGGGAAAAAACUUUUUUCAUAGUUGAAUGUCAGGAGAAUAAAGUUCAAACGACAAGGUUAUAGAAGAAUAUUGUAUCCAAAUGUUAAUAGUCAAAGCUCAAGGGAAUAACGUAAUUAUUGGGAGGAGGGGGGGGUGAGUGUUGGGGGUUGGUCCCCUCCUGAUAUUUGACAAAAACGUAUUUGUGUGUAUCCAAACAGGGUCCUUGUUGCCCCAUACUCUUAUUGUUUUGUAAUCUUUAAAGGAGUUGUGAGACAGGUCACUAUUCUAUAUAUGCACAUUUUCUGUAUAUCCAUGAAUAACCAUUUUCACUUCUGAUGUGCCUUAUGUUUUAUAUAGUCAUGUUGCAAACAGAUCACAAUUACAUCCCUGUACCUUUAACAAUUUUUCAACGCUUGAAAUAAAUAUAUGUAUUAAAAGCAAUACUUUUUAAAAAAGACUGUUGGAGACUUUGUUUAUUUUCGAGAACAGCUGUUCAUGUGAUAUUUGUACAUCUAUACUUAUAAAUUAACAAUUUGUGCAAUUUGUACAUCUAUACUUAUAAAUUAACAAUUUGUGCCAAUAAACUCCAAAACCCUU